GUCCAACCUCAGUAGUCUAAAGCACAAUUUUCUCCACAACCCUAGCAAAAACUCGAAAUGUAUCUCCCAAUACUUAUCCUUUUCUCUCUCCUUUCCUCGUCGUAUGCUUCAGUGAAUGACUUCUGUGUUGCAGACCUCAAACUAUCCGAUACCCCGUCUGGAUAUCCUUGCAAGAAAGCUGCAUCACUCACUGAAAAGGACUUUGUGUACUCUGGCCUCGGAGUCGCUGGUAACACAUCAAACAUCAUCAAAGCUGCUGUUACUCCAGCUUUUGUAGCUCAAUUUCCAGCUGUGAAUGGCCUAGGGAUAUCUUUGGGUCGAUUGGAUAUUGCGACUGGCGGUGUUAUCCCAAUGCACACACAUCCAGGUGCAUCAGAAGUACUAGUUAAUAUACAAGGUACUAUUCUGGCUGGAUUUAUCUCUUCUGCAAACAAAGUUUACUACAAGACUUUGAACAAGGGGGAUAUCAUGGUUUUCCCACAAGGGUUGCUGCAUUUUCAGAUAAAUUCUGGAAAAGGUCCAGUUCUUGCAUUUGUUAGUUUCAGCAGUGCUAGCCCUGGUCUCCAGAUUACCGAUUUUGCUUUGUUUGCAAAUGAUCUGCCAACAGAAUUGGUGACUAAAACUACAUUCCUUGACCCUGCCGUUGUCAAGGCGCUGAAGAAAGUACUUGGUGGGACUGGCUAAUUGCUUAAUUGUUUCAAUUGUUUAUUUUGCAUCUCUGUAUUUCUAUUGUUCUCGUGAUUGAUUCAUGUUGGCAAACAAGAUUUUUCUGUUGUAUCUGCAUCAAUAUGGAGUACUUUAAUUUGUGGCUUCUGUGUUUUUCAGGACCAGAGGUUCUUAGUAAAAUGUUUCUUCUUA